AUGCCGCUGAUACAGGAGAGUCAUCCCAUGGAUAACUCUGCUUUUUUUACUCAAGAAACUUUUGCAACAGGGAACGAAAGCACGCUUCAUAAUAUAUCACCAAGCCACCAGAGUGCAAUAAAUUUAGAUCACUCCAGUAGUGAGACAAGCAUACAUCGAACGAGUGGUUCAGCCCAUCAUACAAGCGCGGAAGUGAACAAUAACAACAACAGUAUAGGCAAUAGCAACGAAAGAGGUUCGCCCUUACAUUUGGCAUCGAUGCUCCACAGUUUAUCACUAGGUGGUGCUAUUCACCAAAAUGUGCCACAGGCACAACAACAGCAACAACAAUCUACGGUUUCAAAGCCAGAUAUGUUACAAGGAUCUUACCUUUUAAUCUUAAAAAAACUACCGCAAGAUAUCACACUCAGAGAGUGUUACGCGAUUUUUGCAUUAGCCAAUGGUGUUGUUAACAUUGACUUGAUAAAGGAGCGUAAGAACUCCGCUUCAUCUUUAACAGACGAUUGUGAAGUGUCUGCCAUCGCUAGGUUUGGUUCUUUGCAACUAGUGACUCAUUAUGCAUCCAUUCUAAGCUCUAAAAGUGAUAUUUUUGGACCUAUCAGCUCAUGUUCUCCUUACAUUGAACUGAUUGAUGAAGUCGCUAAUCAACAGAUUCAUUUUGAAAGACCAAAAUAUGGUGUCUCUCAAUCCAAUUAUCAACUUGCCUCUGCCACUGUCCCCGUGACUCCAGUUUCUGCAAUUCAUCAACAGCAACAACAGCAGCAACAAUCCUCACCAAUCGCUUCUACCUCCACUAGACCUAGCUUGAUGCAAACAAGGUCAAGGUUUUCAUUCAAUGAUCCAUUUUCUAGUGACCAGAAGACUCAACAUAUGAGCGAACAGCAACAAAAGUUACAAACUAAGCCUGGUUCAGUGAUAACUCAUAGUCGUUCGAAUCAGGAUAGCUCAUCCACUGACGUUGGCAAGUCCUUCUUACUGUUAGAGAAUGAUGAUAUAAAUGACAGCAUUUGGGGAUCUAACGCUAUGCCCUCUAGUAUGAACGGGUUUUCAAGCACACCACAACCUUCUACACCUAUCUUGGAAUGGGGUUCCAACAAUAGAAAGCCCAGCUCAUCCUUUUUCUUAUCGCAGUCCGGAGGUGCUACGGGCGCUCAACCACCAGUGUCACAAUCUGUUGAUGUUUCUUCAUCACUUCAUGGUAUGCCGGGUAGAACAUCUAACAGUGCUAGCAUCGCAACACCUUUCAAUUUGCUUGGUCAGAUUCCAACUAACGGUCAACCAAACAUACCGAGUGCCAUGAGUGGUUCAGAUAUGUCUGGUCAAAGGAAACACAAUAUGUUCAUCAACACGAAACAACAACAGCAGGAUCAGCAAAAACAACAGCCUCAUACGCAUCAGCAACAACAACAGCAUCAACAAUCAAUGCAGGAACAAGCCGUCUCGUCUUCUCAGACGGGAACGCCUCAAAAGAGUUCUCAAAUGAGGGGAAGCGUUAGUAGAGUAGCUCAUUCAGCUAAUGGCACACAGAAAGGUAGCAUCUCCAAUCCAUCCUCCUCAACCAAUGUAGCAAGCUCCGGUGCAAUCUCGCAAGCUGAUCUAUCAUUGUUGGCAAGAGUACUACCUCCAGCUAAUCCGGCCGAUCAGAAUCCUCCAUGUAACACGCUUUAUGUUGGCAACCUGCCUCCUGACACUACGGAGCAAGAGCUAAGACACCUGUUCUCUGGUCAGCAAGGUUUCAGAAGAUUAUCCUUCAGAAACAAGAAUAGUAAUGGGAACGGACAUGGACCCAUGUGUUUUGUUGAAUUUGAAGACGUUAGUUUCGCAACCAGAGCAUUGGCCGAACUUUACGGUAGUCAACUACCAAGAGCAAGUGCAAGCAAUAAAGGUGGUAUAAGACUAAGUUUUUCAAAAAAUCCACUUGGAGUUAGAGGUCCCAAUAAUAGAAGAAAUGGUAGUAGUACAUCUGUUAACACCCCAACUAGCAGCAACAGCGGAAACAAUUCGGGAUUCAGUAAUUACAGUUAUCCUGCUGGCUUCAACAAAGUUUGA